AGUCUUAACAAACAUUAUCGCGCUUGUGUGAGAAGCUGAGAGGAGACGCGAGUAGCUGCUUGUUGUGGCGCUUCGGCUCCUCUCCAUGAAUCAUGGACUUACAUGCUGAGCAGGUGUCACUGUGUUCUGCUGUUACAGCUGCUGACAGUCAUAGCUGGCUUUUUUCCUUCAGUAAAGGUGAAUCUUCAUGAUGCUGCUACUCUCCCCUGCACUCAGAUGUGUUCUGGUCUGCUCACAUGGACUGUGUCCUUUAAACAACUUGACAUUCUGGCUCAAUGUAACCAGACAUCCUGCCAGUCAGAGGAGGGAUUUCACAUGUCCCAUGAUCAGUACCUGAAGGGAGAUCUCUCCCUCACCAUCACUGAUGUUGAUUACACUAAGAGGACCUGGUACACCUGCGCUUGUAAUGGUAAAGACAUCUGUGAUGUGAGUCUACAGAUAGAGGCCUGGAAUUCUUCAGUUCAGAUUAACCCUGGUGAACCUCUGGUGCUGGAUUUGCUCAUAUCAGAGUCAGUGGAGUUGAUUUAUAACAGCACAGGUGCAGCUGCUUCCUCUAGUGGACAGAUCUGCACAGUGGCUGGACACUCACUGAAGUGUGAACCUGAAUACACUCAGAGAGUGUCACUAAUCUCUACUGUUGAGCUGAGAGGAACAGCUCCAUCUGAUAGUGGUGUUUACAGCAUAAGAGACAUUAAGAAUGAAGAGAUUAUUCAGACAUACACAGUUACUGUGGAAGAAGUCCAGCCACGUCCCAAUCAGAGCUCCACAGUGACGGUGUUGACGGUGCUCCUGGCUCUGACGGGGGCGGGGCUUGUGGCAGCAGUGCUGGUGAUUGUGCAGCUGAGGAAAAAAAUCCCGGAGCUCUAGAAAGGAAGUACAGUGAAUGGAACAGUAACCAUGACAACAGAGGAGUUAAUAUGAAUGGACUAAACCACUCAGAUGAAGAGCAGAGGUGAUCUCCCAAUAAUAACCGUGAGAGUCUGAGAGAUGAUAAAUUAUUUUGUUCUCUUUUACACACAGACAAACGUAUCCGCACUGCCUUUCUCUGUCCCAUUCAGGGGUCAAAGAUCAGUGUAUGUUCGGUCAUGCAUGAUUAAAAAUGUAAUCACAUUAGCUCUCCUGAAGCUCAACUGGUAGAGCAGGUACACUAAGAUUUGAUCCUCAGAGAGCACACAUGCUGUCAUACUGAUAAAUAUGUAUCAGUCACUAUAAGAGCAUCUGCCCAGUACUGUAAAUGUAAUGUAAAGAUGUUUACGUAAACAUUACUGUGAGAUCCUGUGAUGUAAUUUAAUGCACAUUAAAUACUUUUGUGUUAGCUCAUGGAAAAACCGGACAUUUUGUCUGGAGCAUCUUUGAAUAGUUUAAAUAUUUUAGUUGCCAUUUGUCAACAUGUUUUAAUUAAGAGUCCCCCUUAUUGUUCAGGUUAUAAUUUCAAGAGUCUCCCUUAUUGCUCAGGUUAUAAUUUCAAUAGUCUCCCAUGUGGUCUUGGUGAUUAUGGUCAGUUGUUGUGGUUGGUUUUCCCAAUGCUGUAAUGCUGCAUUAAUUUCAAAGCAUUGUAUUAUGGAAACAGGCCUCAUGUCAUUUGGCCUGCUUCAUGCCACUUGUGACAAAUGUUUCAGAUCAUUAAACAAAUUUACUUGUUA